AUGAUUCCAAAGCAUCAUGUCAAACAUAUGGCUUCUUCUCUCCAUCAGGGCUGAUCAGGGUGUUGACUUUGGCCACAUCAAUGUCAUAGAGCCUCUUCACAGACUAUGAUCUGGUGCUUGUUGGCCUUGACAUCCACAAUGAACACAAGUGUAUUGUUGUCUUCUGUCUUCUUCAUGGCUGACUCGGUUGUUAGGGGGAAUUUGAUGGCACAGUGGUCAAGCUUGUUUCUCCUGGGGACACUCCUCCCGGAUAUUUGGGCUGCCUUCGGAGCCACAGUGUCUUGGGUCUUCGAAAGGUAAGUGACAUGUGGAUCUUCUUAUUUUUGUGGCUGGGGACGCCUCUCAGCACUGCUUUCCUUACUUUCAGAGCCUUGGCUUUGGCUUUGGCUUUGGCAGGGGCCCAGGUUUCCUUCUCUGCUUUUGGCGCCAUCUUUGUGAUCAUUUUUUUUUUUAAAUAAGAUUUUAUUUGAGCCAAACUGGUAACAAUGCCGGGAGACAAAGAUCUUAAAUGCUCCCUGCCCUGUAUGAUCUUUAUUCACUGCUGGGCUUAUGCUUCUCCCCAUCAUCUGGGAAGCACUUCUUCCUCAUCUCUGCCCAUUAAAUAGUUCAAUCCAUCAUCCUUCUACAUCUACCUCUUCAGCCCUUCUAUCAAAAAUAACCGAAGCUUCUCUUUACUCUCAUAAUUCUUUAAACUUUUAUGAAAGCUAAUGCCAUCGUUUGACUAUUCCAGUUAUCUACAUGUAUCUCCCUGAGCAGGCUGUAAGGUUCUUGAUAGUUUUGCCUCAUUCAGGAACUCUAGCUGACCCCCAUUUUUAUCUCUUUAGCAGCUACAAAGCAUUCAGUAGGCGUUUCCUCUGUGGUCAGUGCUGUGCUGACACCUGCUGGUCGCGUCUGGUCCGGCAGCCCUGGCCUCAGCGCUUUCCUCUCUCCAGUGUUGAGGGAGGGGACGGUCUGUGCCACCCUUGCCCAGCCAGGCACUGGAAGCAUAUGCUCAUGUCCCUUCGCUGGACACGCCAGCGACACACUGGGACCUGCUGGUCUCUGGUUUGCCUCUGGCAUCUCCAGCCUAAGGUCAGCUCAGAGCACAACUUUCCUCACUGGCCGCCACCCCCCCCCGGCAAUUUGUACUUGAUAUCCUUCCCAGUGCCAGAAAUAUAAGGAGAACAAGAUCUCAAGGAACUGGGCGGCAAGGAAAGAAAGACAAACAACCUGAGAGCAGCGUAUGUGCAAUCUCUCCUCCUCGCCUCAAAGAAUCGACAUGAUUUCCUAGAGUCCAGACUAUUUGCUAUUCCUUUUGACCUUUGUCUUAUUUCUAGGAGGCUCUUGGGCCGGAGACCUUCUGGGUGACAGCAUGAAGACACGGAGGUGGAGGAGAGUAGGAACCAUGGAGUCCUUCAGCUCAAAGAGUCUGGCCAUGCAAGCGGAGAAGAAGCUGCUGAGUAAGAUGGCAGGUCGGUCCGUGGCUCAUCUCUUCAUUGACGAGACAAGCAGCGAGGUGCUGGACGAGCUGUACCGUGUGUCCAAAGAAUACACGCACAGCCGGCCCCAGGCCCAGCGGGUCAUCAAGGACCUGAUCAAGGUGGCCGUCAAGGUGGCCGUGCUGCACCGCAGUGGCUGCUUUGGCCCCAGUGAGCUGGCCCUAGCCACCCGCUUUCGCCAAAAGCUGCAGCAGGGCGCCAUGACAGCGCUCAGCUUCGGCGAGGUGGACUUCACCUUCGAGGCCGCCGUGCUGGCCGGGCUGCUGACCGAGUGCCGGGACAUACUGCUCGAGCUGGUGGAGCGCCACCUGACACCCAAGUCCCACAACCGCAUCCGUCACGUGUUCGACCACUUCUCUGACCCGGGCCUGCUCACGGCCCUCUACGGGCCCGAUUUCACUCAGCACCUUGGCAAGAUCUGUGACGGGCUCAGGAAGAUGCUGGACGAGGGGAAGCUCUGAGCGCCGGGCCAGGCACACUCCACCUUGGGACAAGGGCCGACUGAGAGGCAAGAGCUAACGGGCUUUCUAACCCUGCUCCCUGCACUAACGCUUUCCAGGCCUCAGGCUUCAGCCUUUCCCUAGAGUGCUUGUGACUCUGCGACCACGCCACCCCCACACUGCUGGGAAGGAGAAGUGAUGCUGAGACGUGAGGCCUCUCUCCCACUCCAGCCCCAGGACAGGAAACAAAGCCGCCUGAAAAGAUGAAGUGAAACUUGGCUCUCUUAUUUCCCCCAUAAGGGAUGUCUGAAGCAGGGAAGCCCCCUCCCCUAGGAGCCAGGGGAAGAGGGCAUAGCCCGUUUAACCCCUCUGGGGACACUGAAGACAGGGGGAAGGGGACCCUUAGAGACACCCCAGACCUCCAGCUCUAGGCAGAGCCUGGACAGGUUCCAGAGGCUCUGUCCCAGGGUGCAGGAAGAAGGGGAGAGGGCAGGGGACAGUCUCCCAGGGAAAUAAAACUACUAAAACAUG